AAGCACGCGAGGAUAUCGAAUCCUCCUCCUACCCCGGUCAGUCAGGCACAGGAGGAUCACGUCUGGUUUUCUCGCUUCCUCAUGGGGGAGGGAGUAGAGCCAGACGAGAGGCUGAUGGGCUUCUUGGAGGGGUGUACUCCUCCCGCCGGGGAGAAGACAAAGAAAUCUCUCAGUGCGCUCAUGGACAAGAUUGGGAUGCUGAGGGAGCACAGGGACCUCACGACGAGGAUGUGCUUGAAGAUCCUGAGGAUGAUCUGCAUGCGAGAGGAGGAGAGGAAGAAGCUCGGGCCCCUUUCCAUCAUGCUGCAUGACGAGGCGCUGCUCAAGAGCCUCGUCGCGUUUUCAUCGGAGGUUGUCUCGUUCCUCCACCUUUCUUCAUCCUUCCACCUCUCUUCCAUCCUGCAGAAGGUUGAGAUCAGCGAGUUCGAGCUUCUCAUCUUCAUCGAGAACUUCUUGCACCUUAUGGAGGUGAAGAAGUUUCGCCUGUCCUAUGGCAUCAACCAGCAUGUCCGUGACCUGUUGAACCGCAUCGUGGAGAGCGAGGGAUGGAAGAAGAACUCUACUCUUCUCCUCUACUUGCAGAAGGAGGAGCUUGCAGAGGUCUUUGCGCGAGCCUUGAAGGAUUUCAAACAGCACAAGAAUUCUGUCCCUGAAUCCCCCAUGCGCAUCUCGGCUCAUCGGUCGUCGAUGAAGAAGCAGGAUGUUGCGAACUCAGCGGCGUCACAGGAAGCGGAGGCGCUGCAGCUUAGAGCGAGCGAGCGGCAGCUCUCAGCAUUUGCCCGACGCCUGUGGUAUCGAGCUGUUGAAAUCCUGGAAAGCAUGUACAGAAACCUUCGAUCUAGCGGGAUCACGAUGAGGUCGUACAAUAGAGCGUACGACGUGAUGAGCAGAAUCUUGGAGUCUCCUUCUGCCCGAGGCCUCAUGGUGGGCAGAAAUCUUCAUCAGAUCAUUCUCUGUAUCCUCUUCGGGGCCUGCAAGUCUGAAGGGGAGGGGAACGUCACCUUCAAAGUUCUUGUGUGCCAGCACAAAGCUGUGUACAACAAUCAAGACUCUGACCUGCUCUACUGGAACGUCCUCCUCGAUGAGAACAAGCUGGGGAAUAUCAUCGAGUUCUACAACCAGAAGCUCGUUCCCGUCUGCAAGGAGUUCGUUCACUCGGACAUACACGACCUCUCUAGCACGACCCCCCCUUCCAGCCCUUUCUCAGUCAAGAAGUACGUGAGAAGAAAUGUGACGAUCAGCCCCAUGCUGCAGGAUCGCGUCAUCAGCAUCAGUAUGUCACCCAAGACCAACAGGCUGAUGACCUAUGAGAGCUCAAGGGUGGGGAUGAGAGAAGGAGAAGAGCACGAACAGAACUUAAGGCUUAAUAAGAGACAAAAACCCAUGGAGUCGGAGCGAUGAAGCUGAACUGCCAAUGUACAUGCCUGGCGGGGAAGGAGAUUGUAAUUCAAUAAUGAAGGAUUCAUAAGAUGUAACAUUAAAAGAUGCCAAAUAUAUUGUC